AUGACCGAUUGCAAUCCCAAUCGAAUCCCCGCUACUGGUCCCCUUGGCAAAGAUCCUGAUGGUGAACCUAUGAACGAAGAAUGGAACUAUCGAUCAAUUGUCGGAAUGUUAAUGUACCUCUCGACAAAAACACGACCAGACAUUACCUUUGCUGUCAGCCAAGUGGCACGAUUCUCCUCUGAUCCAAAGCAAUCCCAUGCAACUGCCGUGAAAACAAUUCUUCGUUACCUGAAACGCACUCGCACAAAAGGCAUGAUCAUCAAGCCUACAGGAAAACUAAACCUUGAUUUGUUUGUCGAUGCCGACUUCUGUGGACUCUAUAAUACAGAGCCUCACACUGAUCCAAACUCCGCCGAAUACAAUGCUCUCUCUUCUGCUCUAAAGACCUUAAUUCCAUUGAAGCGCCUUCUCAUUGAAGCCACCGACCACGUUGAACUUGACAACGGCAUCCGCGCCACCAUUCGGGCCUCAGCAAUUGAAGACAACCAAGGACCAUAUUUUCUGGCCACCAAUCAAAGAAUCACAUCUCGCACCCGCUGGUAUCUCAACAAGUGGCACUGGUUCUGGCAACACGUCACCAAAGAUGGUGUUGGCCCAGAAACUGUUGCCAUCCACGAGCUGGACACAUCGCUCCAAGAUGCUGAUUACUUCACAAAGGCACAGUCUUGUGAACCUUUCGAGAGCAAUCGCUUUUGA